GUUUUUUCUUUCGUUCUUUCUUUUUUUCUUUUUGGUUAAUUUUUGUUCUAUUUUGUUGAUCUAUGUGAUGAUGUUGAUUAUUUGUGUUCUUUGAAUCGGUGUUUGGUUUUGUGAUGCUCAUGAUCAGUUGCUGGUGUUUUGGGGAGUGAGUUAGGGUUUAGUUUUGCGGUUUUGUGGUUAGUUCUGUUUGACUAGUGAGAAAAAGGAAGGAAAAGUCAAGAGAAUGAUUUUUUUGGUUGUAUCGGAGAAAUUGAGAAACUGAGAAAAAUUCAGAACUGAUUGCACUUAUUUUCGUAGUUUUCUCGGAGGUAUAAUUUUAAUUUUCACCUAGGAGUCAGGAAAUUAUUAUCUUUAUCAUUAUUAUUAUUAUUAUUAUUUUAUUUUAUUGUUUUUUUGUUUUUUGGUUCACAGCCGAUCGUUGAUGAUUAGGAAAACCCAAAGAAAAAACAUGCAAAUAAACAAAAAUAAAAAUGAAAUUUCGGAGUCUUGUAUCCCAUGAUUUUUUUUUUGGGUAAAGUGAAAAAAUGAUCUGUUCUAUUCGGCUAAAAAAGGAUAAUGAAAACAAAGAGAGAGAACAGACAAUCCGUUGACCGAAUGGUUCCAUUAGGCUUGUUUGGAAGAAGAGUUUUCUCAAGUAUUAUGAUGAUCUCAGUUUUGAUAUUUGUUGUGUUUUCUUAAUCAGCUUGGAGGUCAACAUGGAAGCCAAACUCAAAGCUGUCCUUGUGUCUCUGUUCCUUUCCUCCCUGUUGUUUUCUCUGGUUUCUUCUGCAACCACGGAUGGGCUGUUUAGAAUUGGACUCAAAAAGAUGAAAUUGGACCAAAAUGACCAGCUUGCUGCACGGCUGGAGUCCAAGGAAGGGGAGUCAUUAAGAGCUUCUAUUAGGAAGUAUUUUCGUCAUGGUAAUCUUGGGGACUCUCAGGAUACAGAUAUUGUGGGACUGAAAAACUACAUGGAUGCUCAAUACUUUGGUGAAAUUGGUAUUGGUACUCCCCCUCAAACGUUCACUGUAAUCUUUGACACUGGUAGCUCAAACCUGUGGGUUCCAUCAUCCAAGUGCUAUUUCUCGGUUCCUUGCUAUUUCCAUUCAAAGUACAAGUCAAGCCAAUCAAGUACCUACAGGAAGAAUGGGAAAUCUGCUGAUAUCCAUUAUGGUACUGGAGCUAUCUCAGGUUUCUUUAGUGAAGACAAUGUGAAAGUUGGUGAUCUUGUUGUGAAGAAUCAGGAAUUUAUUGAGGCAACUAGAGAGCCCAGUGUCACAUUUUUGGUGGCCAAAUUUGAUGGUAUAUUAGGACUUGGAUUUCAAGAGAUUUCAGUUGGAAAUGCCGUCCCAGUGUGGUACAACAUGGUGAAACAAGGUCUUGUUAAGGAGCCAGUAUUUUCAUUCUGGCUCAACCGCAAGACAGAUGAUGAUGAAGGGGGUGAACUUGUGUUUGGUGGAGUUGACCCCGAUCACUUCAAGGGUGAGCACACAUAUGUUCCAGUGACGCAGAAAGGCUAUUGGCAGUUUGAUAUGGGCGAAGUUCUUAUUGAUGGUGAAACAACUGGGUACUGUGCCGGAGGUUGUGCAGCAAUUGCAGAUUCUGGAACUUCUUUGUUGGCAGGUCCAACGGCUGUUGUUGCUAUGAUAAAUCAUGCCAUUGGAGCCACCGGAGUUGUUAGCCAGGAAUGCAAGACUGUAGUUGCACAGUAUGGGGAAACAAUCAUGGAUUUACUUUUAUCAGAGGCAUCACCACAGAAGAUUUGCUCGCAAAUUGGGUUGUGCACCUUUGAUGGGACUCGUGGUGUUGGCAUGGGCAUUGAGAGUGUUGUGGAUGAGAAGAAUGGUGACAAGUCAUCUGGUGUACAUGAUGCUGGAUGCUCUGCUUGUGAGAUGGCAGUUGUCUGGAUGCAAAGCCAGCUUCGGCAGAAUCAGACAAAAGAACGUAUAUUGGAGUAUGUGAAUGAGCUUUGUGAUCGACUGCCGAGCCCAAUGGGAGAAUCAGCUGUGGACUGUUUACAGCUUUCUUCCAUGCCUAAUGUUUCCUUAACUAUUGGUGGUAAAGUUUUUGAUCUCUCAGCAAAUGAGUACGUGCUGAAGGUGGGCGAGGGUGCUGCUGCACAGUGCAUUAGUGGCUUUAUUGCCAUGGACGUCCCUCCUCCACGAGGACCCCUCUGGAUCCUGGGAGACGUCUUCAUGGGUCGCUACCACACCGUGUUCGAUUAUGGUAAUAUGAGAGUUGGAUUUGCAGAAGCGGCAUAAGAGAAACCCACCUGGGGGACUCUUGGCUUCUUCAAAACUUGAAUCUCUUAUCUAGUAGAUGUUAAUGAGUGCCUUAACAGACACAAUGGAGUUUAAAUUACAUAUUGAAAAAGUAAAAAAGGAAAAAGGGUUGUAAUAACGGAGUUUAAGAAUGGAGUCUGUGAGGUGCUGGCUGGCUUCUGAUUUGGAAACAUUACUCUCUUUCAUGUAUAUAUUGCUGCUUGCUCUGUUUUAAUUAAUGUAAAAAAGAAAAGAAAAAAUCAUGUGAAAAGGUCGCACUCUUUUUGGGCCAA